AUGAAGUUCUCUUCGGCAAUUCUCAGCACCACGCUUCUGGCGACUGCUGCCUUCGCCGCGCCUCUGACUGCUAAGCGUCAAGCCCGUUAUGAAGCCCGUCGUCUGGCUCGUGCCGAGUCUGGUGUGACAGAGCGCCAUGGCAACCCUGCCUUCAAGCCUGAUACCCAAGACCUUCUCCAUCUGAAUGGAACCACCCACGAGGACUAUAGCUCCAACUGGGCCGGUGCCGUCCUCAUCGGCUCAGGCUAUACUGCUGUUACCGGUCAAUUCACCGUUCCGACCCCGAAGGUUCCCAGUGGCAGUAGCAGCAGCGGAACAUACUCCGCUUCUGCCUGGGUCGGUAUCGACGGUGAUACCUGGGGUGACGCCAUCCUCCAGACUGGCGUUGACUUCACGAUCACCAAUGGCAAGGUCAGCUACGAUGCCUGGUAUGAGUGGUACCCCGACUACGCCUACGAUUUCACUGGCAUUGCGAUCUCCGCUGGAGAUGUUAUCAAGGUCACUGUGACUGCUGCAUCCAAGUCCUCCGGCACUGCAGUUAUCGAGAAUGUUACCACCGGAAAGUCUGUCUCGCACACAUUCUCCUCCAGCAGCACCCAGGGCAGCCUUGGCGAGGUCAAUGCUGAGUGGAUCGUUGAGGACUUUGAGUCUGGUGGCUCUCUUGUGAACUUUGCCAACUUCGGCACUGUUACCUUUACUGGAGCGCAGGCCACUGACAACGGCUCUAAGGUCGGACCUUCAGGUGCUACUCUGAUUGACAUCAAGCAGAACAACCAGGUUCUUACCUCCAGCUCUGUCACCUCCAACAGUGUCAAAGUCAGCUACGUCUAA